UGUGACAGAGUAGUUAAGCGAGCUGCAAGGUAAAGGGUCAGAGGAGGAGGAGGAGGAGUGUAUGUCGACUACAGAGCAUAUGAACAGAGACUGGUGCUGUGGACUCACAGGUCUAUACUGAGACACUACUGACUACCGGAGUCUAUACUACAGGACUACGGACACACUACUGAAACUACUGGACUGUUGAACUGAAUCUGAAACUGAACAGCAUCAUGUAUUGCGCUUCCUAUCCUGUCUCUGCCGGGACCACCAGCAAUAACCUGAUGUAUUGCUACGUCAAAUCGGUUUACGAUCAAUCUCCAAGUCACCAUGACCUCAACCCUGACUCCUCCUCACACCCCUCCUCCUGUGGCGAACAACAGGGGAUUAACAGUUCACCUGACAUGUGGAACUCCAACGGAAUGAACCAGGCUGGCUAUGGAGGAACAGGAGGGGCUUCAGCCCACCAAUCAGGAAGCUACAGUAACCUGCAACCGUCACACAAUCACCUGGUCUAUUCUCCCCAUUCAGUCUCACCUGUAGAGGUGAACAGGGGUCUUCCUCCUAUGUCUACCUUCCACCGUAACAACCCUGCUUCAUCUCACUCCCUGUCAGUCAACAGCUCAGAGAACAGCACAGGAAACCCGUCUACAGGAUGGUCUCAGACCGGAGCAACCCUGGGGAAAGCACUGGCUUCCAUGUAUUCACCUGACUACACUAGCAGCAGUGAAAACUCCUCCACACCAGAGAGGUCUCCAUCUCCACACACAGGGUCUGCAACGGGUCCCCCAGCUAACCAGGCCUCUCUCUCGUCCAGCUACCAGGCCUCACCUAUAUCACUGUCUCAGUUGGAGGAUCGUCUAGACAGACUGGAUGAUGUGAUCUAUGUGCUGCGUAACCAUGCGGCAGGACCCAUCCCCAGCCUGCCCUCUGACAUCCACAGCCUGUUAAACCAGGCUAACCUUGGACACAGACCCACCAUGGCACAUGACACAGCCAUGGUAGAGGCUGUCAAUCUGAACAACAACAACCACCAUCCUGUGCUGCAGAGCCGUUCACAGAAUAAACAUGGCCACUCCUUCCCAGCGGGUCUCCCUGCAGGACUAGGUGGCUUGGAGCUGAAGUUGGAGGGUCUGGAGAAAGAUGAGCAGUAUGACCUACUUCACAGCCAUUACAACCAGGGUAACAGGCACAGCCACAGCUCUGACAGCCACAGCCAGCGCGCCGACGAGGAGAGCGUGUCACACAAGACACAAGGAGACAGCAUGACCAGCAGCAUCCAUGAGGAUGAGGACAACCUGAGUCCGGAGCAGAAGGCUGAGCGGGAGCGGGAGCGACGGAUGGCCAACAACGCCCGCGAGCGCCUUCGUGUCCGUGACAUCAACGAGGCGUUCAAAGAGCUGGGUCACAUGACCCAGCUGCACCUGAAGAGCGAGAAGCCCCAGACCAAGCUGCUUGUAUUACACCAAGCUGUGGCUGUAAUACUUAGUCUAGAACAACAAGUCAGAGAGCGUAAUCUGAACCCUAAAACAGCCUGUCUGAGGAGGAGGGAGCAGGAGAAGAUGUCAGCUGGGUUAACAGAUGCCCAGGGCCUGCAGCAACACCAGGCAUCACUACAUCGUGGACUAGAUGCUGCCAACCCCAUGGGACAUAAUCUCUAAACAUCUAAAACAGAUGAAGUGUGGAGAAGGAUCAUCUUAAGAUGGUGAAAGACCAUCCAAUGACAUUCAGUGUUAUCUCUGGGACCCAGUAGCGAAGAGACAGAAGGAUUUCCGUGGGGGGGGGCAGAUAAACUAUUGCAGAAGCUAAUUAAUCACGACAGUAGUGACAAUUUCCUCCAGAUCGACUUUCACUUGUGCCUAAACUUACUUGUAACCAGCAAAUGUUUUGUACAAAAUGUUUUAUAUUCGUUAGUACAGUGAAAGAAAAAUGUACAGUGAAAAAAAAAAACACAACACUGUCCUGUGUAAAACAAUGUUAAUUUCAUCAUUUUUAUUCUCCUCUGUCAGUAUUGACCUCUUAAAAGGCUCUGCAUGGUCAGUCCAACAUCUGCAGUGGCCGUACAGCAUUUACGGUGAUGCGGCCUCCACAGAAGUCAGAGCUUUCAUACUUGUUGCACUUCGGGGUGCUGUCAUACACAUCCAAUAAAUUGGUCUGAACCACACCACUUGUAGUGAUUCAGGGCUAAUCUCUAUAGCCAUCCAGCUAAUUUACGAGCAACUGGCUAAAUGAAAAGACAAGAUCUUAUCUCUACUGAGAUGUUGAAGUUUGUUUCCCGGUGCUUAACAUAGGAACUCAGCCAAAACAGCAUGAAGUAAAAAGGCUGCAUCUCCAUCCCGAAUCUCCCCAUUGCCCCCCCAGCAAAAUUAGUCUACAUUUAGGCUAUUGUUUAUUUGUGUAUUUCACACUACGUUGAGGUAAAAAUCGGAGUAUACUUUGACUACUGUAUGCUAGCUAUGUUACCAGCUUAUACGAAUGGGAGUUAGCAUUUAGCAGUCACUUUCCCUUAACCUGAAAAGGGACAACUUCAACAUUUUUUGCAACAAAAACAGCCAAAUAUAUCCAAAUCGGAUUUUAGUAACCACAUUGUGGGCCUGUUACAAUACAUCAAUCAUUACGAAUUUGACAAAUAUCCACUUUGUUCAAUCAGAUUUUUUUUGUGUGUGUGCCAAUCCAGCGUCCUUCUAUCACCCACAGUCUGCAUUCCAUUGACCUCUUUACCUAUCUAUCCCCAUUACCUCCCUGAUCUCUUUCCAGGAGUUCAAACAAAUGUUUGUGUGUUAGAAAUCCCUAAAAAAGGUAUCAUAAAGAUGUUUUUUAUAUGUGAACUUGUUCUGAUAGCCUGUCGUCAAAGUUCUACAUUUUUGUUGGCAAGGAAGUUAAUUUGUGUUUAUACAGGAUGUACCGCCCCACCUUCCGUCAACCGAUCAUGUCAAUCCGAAGCUAUAUGGAGCUAUACGGAUCCCUUCGCAUUGUUACAAAAUUUGGGAGGCGCACGGCAUCGCCAUACGGAGCUCGAUUUGGCCUCCUCGAGCCUUCAGAGGCACUGCAAUUGAGUCACACCCUCCAUACUGAGACUCUGGGCCACAUUCCAGAUCAAGCUUAAAUUGUCUUUAAAGCUGAAACAAGGCUUAAAACCAAUUUAUGCUUGCUCCAGCAAUAUGAGCUGGAGGCUCCGAAGGCUUGACGAGGUCAAAUCGAUCUCCGUACUACAUCUCCGUGCUCCUCCCAAAUGUUUUAACAAUGCAGAGGGCUCUGUAUAGCUCCACAUUGACAUGAUUGGUUGACGGAAGGUGAGGGCUAGAGGUAUAAACACAAACUCACUUCCUUGACAACUUCCUCCACAACAGCUCUACUCUGCUCCAGGAAGUGAUGCAUGGCCACUGCAGAUGUCGGACUGACCAUGCAGAGCCUUUUAGUUGUAUGUACAUGCAUGUGUUUAGGCAGAGUCAGAUUUUUUGGAGCUAAGUGCACUUUUUGGUUAGGCUACAAUUAAUACUUAAUUGUUCCGUUUUUCUAGAAAAUAUUGAUUACUUUUUACUAACUUGCUGUAGUUUAUCUUUUCUACAAUUACUAAUAACAAAAUAUCUGAAUUACAGAUUUUACAUUUUAAACAAUAAAAUGUUUGUUUUUUUCAGAAAUAUUUUUUUUUGUCAUAUAUUUUACCAGACAUUGUAAAUAAUGAUACCCUAAACAAGCCACAGCUUAGUGUAUAUUGGAGAAUUCCAUAAUGGGGGAUGUCUUUGUAAAAACCCAUACCUUUCAGGUAUGUACAGUUAUGUUGAUGAGUGUCACCUAUGUCAUCUACAGGAAAUGUAAACCAUAAAAGUAUUUCGUAUUUUUCCCUAUAUUUUUUUUCUCAGAAAAUACAUCCGGUAUGUAUUAUUCGAGGAGUUAAUGAUCAUAAUGAUGAUGAUGAUGAUGAUGAUGAACACCCGCGCAAUUUGUUGAAUGGCUGGACAAUUCCGCUAGGGGGGAACACGUACUUGUGAAUAGAGACUGGAAUAGGGAGGGGGAAUCCCGAGCGCCAUAAAACAGCUCCCACAACACUGGCAUUUCAGCCAGGGCACUACUUUUAACAGAACUGCGCGAAUUUAGGUAAGACAAUCACAAAGAUUUUGCGCACUGGGACACAAACCAAUUGCACAGUUAGUGUUUUAUAAAGUGAUUCUCGUUUUGGCAUUGCUUUGGGUAGGCUGUUUUAUCGUUCAAGAACAUCACGUUUGAUCAGCUAGUAAAGGUAGAGUGGUGUUUUAUUAUCCGCUGGUAAAACUGCAUAGAGGUUUAUCCAUGCAUAUAUCCUUUGUCUUUAAUUACAAUCGUACAAAUAGAGGUUGAUAAAGUAACUUGUGAAGGAGACACAUUUUUGAUAUUGGUUAAUAAUUAAAAAGGGGCUCCCGAGUGGUCUAAGCGGUCUAAGGCACUGCAUCUCAGUUUUUGAGGCGUCUCUACAGACACCCUGGUUCGAAUCCAGGCUGUAUAACAACCGGCCGUGAUUGGGAGUCCCAUAUGGCUUGGCACAAUUGGUCCAGGGUCGUCCGGGGUAGGCCAUCAUUGUAAAAAUAAUUUGUUCUCAACUAACUUGCCUAGUUAAAUAAAGGUUAAAUGUAAACAAGUUCAAUUUAUUAUUAAAAAAAUUUCAUUAAAGAAGUGUACUCCCACUGGUCAAAAACGGUAUUAAUCAACGUUGUUUCCACGUCAUUUCACCCCACAAAUCAAAUUGAUGAUGUUGAAUCAUUGUGGAAAACUUCGUGGAUUUGCAAAAAGUCAUUUUGUAUUUUUUUUCACCUAACUUUGAAUCUAAAUCCAAUGACAUGGUGACAUUUUGUUGUUGAUUUAACGUUGAAUUAACAAUAGUUGACAAAUCAACCAAAUGUAAAUCAAAACUAGAUGUUGAACUGACGUCUGUUGCCCGGUGCCCGAUGCCCGGUGGGCUGUAACACGGCAACAACUGUCACCUAUAUUAGAAUACAGUACUUUUGCAUGUUGUUUAUUUCAAUAACAAUGUACAUUGUUCUAAAACAAACGUGUGUUUUUGUUUUGUUCCGUAACUCUCAUAAUCAUAUCAUAAACUGUAGAUGAAAAAAGUCUGGUCGGAGUGUGUGUGUGUGUGUGUGUGUGUGUGUGUGUAUGACGAUAGUCUGGUUGGCGCGACCACGGCCAGUGGUAGUCGUCAUGCAGCAGUAGUGUCCUGUAUACAAUAGUUACACUGUUAGCACACUGAAUAAACUGUUUUCUAUAUCAA